UCCGCGUGCUCCAGGCCGGCCCGGGCCGGCGGCUGCCCUGCGGGCUUUCGAGUUCGGUUGUCCGAGGUGGAUGUGAUCUUUUAAUUUAAAUUUCCUAUCUCUUUUUCGUUUUAAUGAGAGAAAAGAAGCCCUCAGAACAGGCCUGGGACAGCUAAAGGCCAUUCUGCUCCCACGUGGACGCUUCCCAGGAGAAAAGAAGUCUGGAAGUUAGUCGCCCCGCUGGCCCGGCGGCCUCCGCUUUGGCAGGACUGUGAGUUCAGUCAUGUCCCUCGCACAGGGCAGGUGGGACUCUUCACCGAUCCCAGGCUGGACUUGAGAGCCUCGACCCGAGCGCCAGCGUCUCCCACCCCACUCAACACCUGGCACUGAAGUUAGGCCUAGGCACUGGUCUGCAACAUGGAUAAGUACGAUGACCUGGGCCUGGAGGCCAGUAAGUUCAUUGAAGACCUGAACAUGUAUGAGGCGUCCAAGGAUGGGCUUUUCCGGGUGGACAAGGGUGCAGGCAACAACCCUGAAUUUGAGGAAACUCGCAGGGUGUUCGCGACCAAGAUGGCCAAAAUCCACCUUCAGCAGCAGCAGCAGCAGCUCCUACAGGAGGAGGCCCUGCCCAGAGGGAGCAGAGGUUCUGUCAACGGGAGCAGCCGCCUGGCUGGUGUGGGCAGCAAGCUGGCUACUGAUGGUGCUGCCAAGCCUCCUCUGGCUGUCUCAUCCCUGGCCCCUGUGGUAUCUACCGCCGUAGCAGCUGGGCAGCCUACAUAUUCACUGCAGGAGCAGAGGACCAGGUCGUCUGUCCAUGCUACAAGGUCUGGCAGCCAAGACUGUGGCUCCAGGGAGGGGCCCGUGAGUUCCCAGAGGUCUGCUUUCCAGGGGCCUGGCACCUGCGAAGACCCUUCCUGCCUCACUCACGGAGACUAUUACGACAACUUCUCUUUGGCAAGCCCACAGUGGGGUGAUAAACCAGGAGUGUCCCCCAGUACUGGCCUGGGUGUAGGGAGUGGGUGGUCUGGGAGUGACCCACCACUGGCCAGACCCAGUGGAGGCCAUCACUUGUACCAGUCGCAGCUCGCCCUGAAUUCUGGAAGGUCUUUUGAGAGUGGCCUCAGUGGCCAGGAUGGUGGCAUUAGUGGCGGAAGCAGCCAGAAACCAGCAGGAGUUUGGUCCACUGUCUCCUCCCAGCCAGUAAGCCCUAGUUCUCCUUCCCAGGGCUUGGAAAUUGGGGCCUCAGCUCAGCCUAAGAGCAUGGCUGUUUCAGCACCCCUGGUCCCCAGUGGUCCCAGUCAGCGGGCUCAAGCACGUCCAAGAACAGACUCAGGGUUUGGGUGUGAGGGCUCAGGUGGGGUGUCCAGACCCACGGUGAACCUUCAGCCUUGGCUGCAGGAUGGGCCUAAGUCUUACCUUUCUGUUUCUGCUCACUUAUCAUCACUAGCUAGCAAGGAAAGUGCCCAGCCAGGUGUAAUCCCUGAGCUGGGUCCUAAGCCUGGGUGCAGGGACCUUAGCACUGGUCCCAAACCUGGCCCCAGCAGUCUUGUCCAUGCAGUGAUGUCCUCUCCUCCUGAACUGUGUAAAGAGGGUCCUUCUAGCUGGUCCCCUGAUAGUAGCCUGGGACCUGUCCUUCCAGAGAGUCCUCACUCCGCCAGGGUGAGGUUGCCCUGCCAGACCCUCACCCCCAGCCCUGAGCUUGGACCCUCCACUGCAGAACUGAAAUUAGAAGCCCUCACCCAGCGUCUGGAGCGAGAGAUGGAUGCUCACCCCAAGGCUGACUACUUCGGAGCCUGUGUAAAAUGCAGCAAAGGGGUGUUUGGGGCCAGCCAAGCCUGUCAGGCCAUGGGGGACCUCUACCAUGAUACGUGCUUCACCUGUGCAGCCUGCAGUCGCAAGCUGAGAGGAAAACCCUUUUAUUUUGUCAAUGGCAAAGUGUUCUGUGAGGAAGACUUUCUGUACUCUGGAUUCCAGCAGUCGGCUGACAGGUGUUUUCUUUGUGGGCAUCUGAUCAUGGAGAUGAUCCUGCAGGCUCUGGGGAAGUCCUACCACCCAGGCUGUUUCCGCUGCGUCAUCUGUAAUGAGUGUCUGGAUGGGGUGCCGUUCACCGUGGAUUCAGAAAACAAGAUCUACUGUGUCCGAGAUUACCACAAGGUCCUGGCCCCCAAGUGUGCAUCCUGUGGGCUUCCUAUCCUCCCACCUGAGGGCUCAGAUGAGACCAUCCGUGUCGUGUCCAUGGACAGAGACUAUCAUGUGGAGUGUUACCAUUGCGAGGACUGUGGUCUGGAGCUCAAUGAUGAGGAUGGUCACCGUUGCUAUCCACUGGAGGACCACCUGUUUUGUCACUCCUGUCACAUCAAGAGGCUGGAGAAAGGCCCUUCACCUGCAGUACUCCAACAGCACUUCUAGCCAGAGUUGUGGUGGGAUACAAAGCCAAGACUGCCCAGAGAAGUGGCUAUCAGACACUUUUGGUAGCCCCUGAGAUGGACCUGGUGCAGAUGGAGAAGAGAGGCAGGCAGGAAACCUUCUGUAUGUGUGAGGAUUGACUUUACCCAGAGCAGUGUCCACUUCCUUUACCAAGUGCUUUCUCCCAUUGCUACAACCUCACCAGCUUACUCAGGAAGACACUCCACUACAAACAUGGCAUGUGACAUAGGGUUAUGUCAGUGCACUGGACAUAAGCCAGCUCCCCUGGAAACUUUUCACAUUUCAUGGAGAGAUGUUUGCUUUCAGCACAUUUCACAGUAUCCCCUGAAGAGAAGCAGUAGCAGACACAGACAUCCCUCACACAUGUACCCCUCUGCAUGACUUAAUACUUCUUUCCACCUGAGAGCUUCAGUUCAGAGAAUGGCUACAAACUCUUAACUGCAUUAAGGCAAAAAGGAAGCCCUGACACGUGAGCCAAGCUUGGGAAUUGGGGAGGCUGGGUCUCCCCUUAGUGCUCUGACAGCCUGCCGAGGAUCCCUGUUGCUCUUCAGCCCCUCAGGCAGUAGGGUCCCCAAGGCCCGCCCUAUCUGGCAUGGCCAGCUUUCAGAGAACUGGUGCAGGCACCAGGACUCACAUCACUUGAUGCUGAUUUUCUAAGAGCUCUCUCCAGUCUGUGACCUUGGAGUGGCUUCCAUAAGGCAAGUCUUGAAAUCCCUCACCGGGACAGCCCUGGUGCCUAUAUUAUGUUACUUACUAAUGGGCCUUGGGAAGUCCAGCCCAUAUCCUGGGAGAGCCCCUUCUGACAGGAGAGUUUGUGUGUUAGAGAGAUCUUGAGUGUGUGAAAUCUCAGACCAGCAAGGAGGGAGUGCCUCAGGAUAAGUUCCUACCUUGACUUCCGAGAUUUUUCUUGUGCCCACUUUCCACAUGAGCAUUUUUUGAGAAACCAAUAUAAGGUACACUGAUUUUUGUCUUUUUUUUUUUUUUUCAUGUUUCUCUCCAUUUUCAGUUUUUCACACACAAAACAUACCUCACAGAUAGAGCUUCACCAAGCCACAGAUUAAUGAGGAACUUGGCCAUUACACUGGAGAUCUUGGGUGUGUUAGGAAUGGCUGACUUCCUACUCUAGACUGCAGCUGGGCAGUGUGGUCAGAAGGUCACCAGGGACUAGAUGCUACUAAAAUCACACUCUGGCCUCAUGAAUUGCAACAGACUAGCUGGGGUAUCCAUGGCUAAAGAGGGCCCACACAGUGGCAAGAUAAUAAGACCACCUCUGAGCUGAAUGUGUUGGCUCACACUAGCACUUGAAAGGCUGGGGCCUGAGGAUCAGGAAUUCAAGGCCAUCCUCAACUAAUAAAAUCCUGUCUCUGAAUAAAUAAAAUAAAUAAUGCAACAAAAACCCAUCUCAGCAUUAAAGAACAAAAUUUCCCUUGUAUAUGGUCAGUACUUUUUGGUAGUUCAAACAGAAGAAGCUGGUGGGGAGGUGGGGGAGGCAAAAGAAAAAAGGUUGUCAUUUGCAUUGUCUGUAGGGAGGCUCUGUGUCCUGUGGCAGGAGUGCUGAAGUGUCUUACUUGUGCCAAUCAGGCUGGGAAACUCGCAGCUGGUCUGGGCCAUAGAGUAGUCAGUGGAGGCUCCACAUAUGAGCAUGGGUUUUUCACUGGGCCCUGGCUGUACCUGUAGGCCAUGUUUCAGCUCCAGCCAUUUCCUGUGAGGAAAAGUUCAGAGGUGACAUUGUGGACUAUUUUUAACAUUUUUAGAAAACUUAUUCUGUUGGAAUCUUUUGGCCGAUGUUACUUCUUUGCUUCCUGUUCCCAGACCAAACAUACGGCUGAGGAAGACCCUGAGGCCAGGCCCCUCUCUGUCCAUUAAGUACGCCAGGUCAGCUUUGGCAAGGCUGGUGGGAAAAUGAAGCCAUCCAAUGUGUCUAUGCCAAUCUUAAGAGUGCUGGCCUGGCUAACACACCUUUGUUCCACUUUCAAGUCAAGCAGAGUGAAGAAAAUUAUAUUGGAUUCAGUAUCAGAGAUAGGGAGAUUGUUUGCAAAUUGAGUAACUAGUUGAAAACUCUAUGAUUAAUUUUUCAAAUGAAAUUCCUGAUUGAGAUGAUUCAAAUAUGUUUGCAAAUACUAUGUUUUAUCUUGUUGAAAAAGAACAAUAAAGGAAUUUACAAACUUCCUAAAA